ACUGUACUAGUGAUUGUAAGGAAAGGAGUAUGACUCUGAUCUGAUGAACACAACCCUUGUUGCACAACCAUGUCAGUGGCAGUCGCUAUAAUUACGAGGCAUAUAUCUCGUUCAAAAAAGUCUGUCUUAAAACCGAAACCUGUUAGUUUAGCACAAAUAACUGAUGUUCUCCGCGAGGGCCUUUAUUUACAAAUGUCAGUGUUAGACAUCCAACCGAAGUCCGGCUUGCAGCAGGCACUAGUCAAAUUCAUUACUGGAGUUCAUUAACAAUUGCACUUUUAAGACGACAAGGUACACAUGACAGGAAAUAUCUGAAACUCCAAGGAAUGUUCCAGGUUUUUCUUGUCUCCCUACAGUCCAUAUAUUAAUGCGCUUCAUGUUACACAACCUUUCAGAAUAUUCAUUUUGCAUUUCAUGUAUUUUACGUAAGUAAUUGCUUCUGGAAGCAAAUCUUUGAAAUAAUAUGGCAAUUGCCUGUAGCCUAUCCUGUGCAUUGUUACUUCGUAGUCCAACAGGGCAGGUCAUCGGAGGUGAAAGCAGAGUACGAUAACGAAUUCUCAUGUCAAAUUGUCUAGACCGAUUUGGAAUGUGCGAGAUUCUGGCCAUUUUACGUUACACGAACAUUAAUUCAUCGAUGCCAAAAUUACAACGUACAUUGCAAACAAACUAUUCCGUUCUCAAAACGCAGUUUCACAAACACAACCCAGUACCACCCACAAACCAAUAUUCGUAUUAGAAGUAUUUAGUGUGAAUCAACAGUGUUUCAGUUUCACCCAGUUGGUUUUGAUUGGCUUACACAACGCAUAAGCCAAGAUCCAAUCAACAGUUCCUUUAAUUGCUGUUUAUGGCUUGUUUGGAGACAACAGUGGGUGAGAUGAAGGAUUUAGGGAACUGUAAAUAGACUCGGACGCCAUGGGAGAAUGCUAUGAUCCACGCAAUGCACAAUCACACCUUUCCUCCAAAGCUACAGCGUUCUCGAUUGCGUCCUUGAUGGCUUCGGACGAAAACGGCGCAGAUGAAGCCAAGAGGAAGAAACCCUGCGCCAGUGAAGAUACUCACGUGCCGGGUUGUACAUCUUCAAAGAGGCUUAGGUCUUGCGAGGAAAACGGUACCGAUGAUGCUCCUAAUGGGACUUGUUCUGCUUUAGAAGUCUCUGAAGAUAUAGAAACUAUUACAGCUACUUUAGAGAGUCGCGAUCUAUGGGAUCGCUUCAAUGAAUUGGGAACAGAAAUGAUCAUAACAAAGUCAGGAAGGUGAGAUUGAAGCCGCUUUGUAUUCCUUAGCGAUGUACGACUGAAAGGUUAUUGUUUUGAGAUGUUCUUAAGGUCCUGACUAACUAAAGAAUAGUUAAAUGACUUAAAAACCAACAACUACUCUUUUAGAAAGAAACCAAAAUUGAGAACUUGCGAACAAUCUUCACGAAGCCAUUACCAAGCUGACCGCAGACGGCAUACCAAACUAUAAAUGUUUACGCUAGCAAGUCUUACCGAACGCCGUGAUUUCACCGUGGUGGCAAGACGUUGAUAUAAACGUUCAUGGCGAUGAAAAACAGUAUACUUGAAACGGAGUAUUUCGUGUGCGAUAAUGUGGUCUAAAUGAUUCGGUUGUUUUGCAAAGGCGACCGCAGUGACUUGGAUACUUCACACCAUGUUUUAUUUAUUGGCUUACUGACAGGUAUUGUGAAUGCUAUCCAAAAUUACUCACGAAACCAGCUAACUAGUUACAUUGAGCAAUUGUAAACUCCUUAAAGUGAUAUUUAUAAAAAGUGAAAUUGGAAUGAAGUGUGCGUUAAGUUGUGAACGUUCGGUAUGCCAAGUCCAUGGCUUGCUCUUGCCAACAUCAUGUAUUUCCAACUGCUUGGCUGUUAUGUAACUAUGAA